UUGUCAUAUCAUCUCUACACUUUAACCAAAGGCCAAAAGCAAUGGAAACUUGGUUCCUCUUCCUUCUCACGAUCUCUAUUUCUCUACUUCUCAAGGCCUUCCUGAACCUUUUCUACCCUUCCAAAAAGCUUCACCACACUCUCCCUCCAGGCCCCGCCACUUUCCCUAUCAUCGGCGGCAUCUUAUGGCUCCGCAAAUCUUUCUUCCAAAUCGAACCAAUCCUCCGCGACCUCCGUCCAAAGCUUGGCCCCAUGGUCACCAUCCAUAUCGGUCCUCGUCCCACCAUCUUUGUCUUCGAUCGUUCCCUUGCUCACCAGGCUUUGGUCCAGAGUGGUUCACUAUUUUCAGACCGCCCCAAAGCUCUUCCUACUAAUAAGAUCAUGAAUACCAAUCAACAUAGCAUCAGCUCCGCCUUCUAUGGCCCCACCUGGCGGCUUUUGCGGCGGAAUCUGACGUCAGAGAUCCUCCAUCCUUCACGGAUAAAGUCGUAUUCUCACGCACGUAAAUGGGUUUUGGAAAUUCUUUUUGAUGGUUUACAGUUAAAGGCUAACACUGGAGAAGCGGUUCAGGUUCUGGCUCAAUUUAAAUAUUCUAUGUUUUGUUUAUUGGUUUUGAUGUGUUUUGGUGACAAGCUUAGUCAAGAUCAAAUCAAAGAGAUUGAGGCGGUUCAGCAAAGGGUGCUGUUAGGUUUUGGAAGAUUCAAUAUACUUAACUUUUGGCCUAGAGUGACCAAGGUUUUGCUUCGUAAGAAGUGGGAGCAGCUUUAUCAGCUACGUAAAGAUCAAGAAGAUUUGCUGAUUCCUCUGAUAAGAGCAAGAAAGAAAGCUAAAGAGGAGAUCUUGAAUAAGAAGGAAAGUGAUGAUUGUGUUUUAGCAUAUGUUGAUACUUUGUUGGAUUUGGAGUUACCGGAGGACAAAAGGAAGCUUGAGGAAGGAGAAAUUGUUACUUUGGCCUCUGAGUUUCUUAAUGCUGGCACUGAUACUACCUCCACAGCUUUGCAGUGGAUCAUGGCAAAUUUGGUGAAGUACCCUUAUGUUCAAGAUAAAUUAUUGCUUGAAAUCAAAGGGGUUGUGGGAGAUGGGGCGGAAGAAAUCCAAGAAGAUGAUUUGCAAAAGAUGCCUUUUUUGAAAGCAGUGAUUUUAGAAGGGCUAAGAAGGCACCCACCAGGGCACUUUGUGUUGCCUCAUUGUGUGACAGAAGACACAGUCCUGGGAGGAUUUUUGGUCCCAAAGAAUGGAACUGUCAAUUUCAUGGUGGCAGAUAUGGCGUGGGAUCCAAAGGUGUGGGAGGACCCAAUGGCAUUUAAGCCUGAGAGGUUCUUGAGAAGUGAUGAUAGUAGCGGGGAAGUGUUUGAUAUAACAGGGAGUAGGGAGAUUAAGAUGAUGCCUUUUGGAGUUGGGAGAAGAAUUUGUCCUGGAAUUGGCUUAGCCCUGCUUCAUUUGGAGUAUUUUGUGGCAAAUUUGAUUUGGAAAUUCGAAUGGAAGGCCAUUGAUGGAGAUGAGAUUAGCCUGGAGGAGAAGCAGGAGUUCACAACAGUGAUGAAGACUCCAUUGCGGGCCCACAUGUCACCAAGGGAGAGAUAAGUUCGAGUGGACUGCUGUACAUGGAGAUGAUGUAGACUUGUCUGAGAAACAAGAGUUCGCUACGGUGAUGAAAUAUCCAUUAAAGCUCAUAUAACUCCAAGGUUUGGAUGAGGAUUUUGUUGAUUGUCUGCAGAAAAAGCUAUAAGAUUCUCUGGAAGCCUAUAUGCCUGCGGGCUGUACUAUGUAUUUGUGUAUAUAUUAAACCAGUUUGAUAUUUACCUUUCUAAGCCUUAAAUAAAGGCAUCAGCCAUUGUCCCCAAAGUAAACUUGGCAAUGCAACCUCUAGGCAAGCAAAUUAUUUCACCUAUUUGUUUCUAAGUUCUUUGUCUUGAAGGUUUUUGUUAAGAUAGAAAACGCAACAAAGAAAAAAAAAAGGUCUGAAUGAGAAUAUAGUCAAAUUUCUUAUGUAUU